AGCAGCAGGUUGACAUCUGUGAGCUGAGUCCUGUUGAAAACUUUCACUCUCUCACUCCAAUGCUGGAUUAACACCUCUGAACUGAAACCAAGGAUAUUUAUUUCAAACCAACAUCUGGAGUAUCACACUGCGGAUCUAUGCGAACCCAACGCGGGAGUCAACCACUUUUGUGAAGUUAAGGAGGAGGAAUGUAUCGUUUCUUUGUGAAACUAACAUUUCUGAUUCCGGCAUUCGUCCUCUCACAAGGUCUAAAAUGCUCCUUACCCACGGAGUCAUGCCUGAACGGAGGAAGAUGCGAAGCCACCUCAAAUGGAAAUGGAGACUGCAAAUGUCCCAGUGACUAUGUAGGUAAUCGGUGCCAGUACUCCAACCCCUGCAGCCCUUCACCCUGCCACAAUGGUGGUGAAUGCCGAGCGGUUUCCCAUGGCAACACGUUUGAUUUCCGCUGCGUGUGCCGCCUGGGUUUCACAGACAGGCUGUGCCUCACCCCCACCAACCACGCCUGCAUGAGCGCCCCCUGUCGCAACGGAGGGUCAUGCGAUCUCAUUACUCUGGAUUUAUACCGUUGCCACUGCCCUCCAGGAUGGUCAGGGAAAAACUGCCAGACUCCAAACCCUUGCGCCUCUAACCCGUGUGCAAACGCCGGCCAAUGCACAGCUUUAGAGUCCACCUACAAGUGCACCUGCCCCCCCAGCUUCUACGGUCAAACCUGCAAGCAAGAUGUAAACGAGUGCGCUCAGACCCCCUCUCCGUGUCUCAACGGGGGCAUAUGUGUGAACGAGGUCGGCUCGUAUCAUUGCCGAUGUCCUCAAGAGUUUACUGGACAGCACUGCGAGACUCCGUACACGCCAUGCAGCCCGUCACCGUGUCAAAACGGAGGCACCUGCGUCCAGAAAGGAGAUACCAUUUAUGAUUGCAGCUGCCUUCCAGGCUUCACAGGCCAGCACUGUGAGCAUAACAUCGACGACUGUCCAGGCCACAACUGUCAGAAUAGUGGUGUGUGUGUGGAUGGAGUGAACACCUACAACUGCCGGUGUCCGCCUCACUACACGGGUCAAUACUGCACAGAAAAUGUGGACGAGUGUGAGAUGAUGCCCAAUGUUUGUCAGAAUGGAGGAACGUGCCACGACACGCACGGCAGCUACCAUUGCGUCUGCGUCAAUGGCUGGACGGGCGACGACUGCAGUGAGAACAUAGACGACUGUGCCAGUGCGGCUUGCUAUUACGGCGCCACCUGCCAUGACCGCGUGGCCUCGUUCUUCUGCGAGUGUCCUCACGGACGCACAGGUCUUCUUUGCCAUCUUGACGAUGCCUGCAUCAGCAACCCAUGUCAGAAGGGCUCUAACUGUGACACCAACCCAGUCAAUGGCAAGGCAAUAUGCACAUGCCCACCAGGUUACACCGGAUCAGCUUGCAACCUGGACAUUGAUGAGUGUUCCCUUGGUGCCAACCCUUGUGAGCAUGGUGGCCGCUGCCUCAACACAAAAGGCUCUUUUCAAUGCAAGUGUCUUCAAGGAUAUGAGGGACCUCGUUGUGAGAUGGACGUCAACGAAUGCAUGUCUAAUCCUUGUAAUAAUGAUGCCACCUGUCUGGACCAGAUUGGGGGGUUCCAUUGCAUCUGUAUGCCAGGAUAUGAAGGUGUGUUCUGCCACAUCAACACAGACGAGUGUGCCAGCCAACCGUGUCUCAACAAUGGCAAGUGCGUGGACAAGAUCAACUCCUUCCACUGCGAGUGCCCCAAAGGAUUCUCAGGAAACCUUUGUCAGGUGGAUAUUGAUGAGUGUGCCAGCACGCCCUGCAAGAAUGGAGCUAAAUGCACGGAUGGUCCCAACAAGUACACGUGUGAAUGUGCUGAAGGUUACACAGGACAACACUGUGAGACGGACGUCAACGAGUGCUACUCUGAUCCCUGCCACUACGGGACAUGUAAAGAUGGCCUGGCCUCUUUCACCUGCUACUGCCGCCCUGGUUAUACCGGCCGCUUGUGUGAGACCAACAUCAACGAGUGUGUCAGCCAGCCGUGUAAGAAUGGCGGAACUUGCCAGGACAGGGAAAAUUCAUACAUCUGCUCCUGCCCUAAAGGCACAGCAGGUUUUAAUUGUGAGGUGAAUCUCGACGACUGCAAGAGCAAGCCCUGCGACUACGGGAGGUGCAUCGACAAAAUCAAUGGCUAUGAGUGUGCAUGUGAGCCGGGUUACGCAGGCACCAUGUGUAACAUCAACAUUGAUGACUGUGCCAUUAAUCCGUGCCACAAUGGAGGCACGUGUGUGGAUGGAAUUAACAGCUUCACCUGCCUCUGCCCGGUAGGCUACAACGACGCCACCUGUCUGUCACAGGUGGACGAGUGUAGCAGCAACCCCUGUAUACAUGGCCGAUGUCAGGAUCUCAUUAAUGGCUACAAAUGCACCUGCGACUCCGGCUGGAGUGGCCCGAACUGCGACAUCAAUAACAACGAAUGCGAAUCCAACCCCUGUAUGAACGGGGGAACCUGCAAGGACAUGACCAGCGGAUAUCACUGCACGUGCAGAGCUGGCUUCACCGGACCUAACUGCCAAACUAACAUCAAUGAGUGUGCCUCCAACCCCUGCCUCAACCAAGGAACUUGCAUCGACGAUGUAGCUGGCUACAAGUGCAACUGUUUGCUGCCUUACACUGGUGAAAACUGUGAAACUUUGCUGGCUCCUUGCAAGAACCGACCCUGUAAAAAUGGAGGCAUGUGUAGGGAGGCUGAUGACUACCAGAGCUUUUCCUGCAUCUGCCCUGAAGGAUGGCAAGGCCAGACAUGCGAGAUUGAUAUCAACGAAUGCGUGAAGAGCCCCUGCCGCAACAAUGCUCUUUGCCUCAACACCAUGGGCAGCUACCAGUGCAAAUGCCAGCCCGGUUACACUGGCCAGAAAUGUGAGAUGGACAUUGAUGACUGCAAACCAAAUCCAUGCAGUAAUGGAGGUCUGUGCCGCGAUGGAGUCAACGGUUUCACGUGUACAUGUGUACCCGGGUUUCGUGGCGGCAGGUGUGAGCAGGACAUAAAUGAGUGCGAGAGUAACCCUUGUAAGAAUGGGGCCAACUGCACUGACUGCGUCAACAGCUACACCUGCACCUGCCCUGCUGGCUUCAGUGGUAUCAACUGUGAGAUCAACACUAAUGACUGCACUGACAGCUCUUGCUUCAAUGGUGGAACCUGUGUGGAUGGGAUCAAUGCCUUCACCUGCUUGUGUCUAACUGGAUUCACUGGCAUCUACUGCCAGUAUGAUAUAAAUGAGUGUGAUUCCAAGCCGUGCCUCAAUGGAGGCACCUGCCUUGACGGUUAUGGGACUUACAAGUGCACCUGUCCCCAUGGAUACACAGGAGUCAACUGUCAGAAUCUUGUGCGCUGGUGUGACUCUUCCCCCUGCAAAAAUGGAGGUUCUUGCUGGCAGCAGGGAGCCUCCUACACAUGCCAGUGUCAGACUGGGUGGACUGGUCUGUACUGCGACAUCCCAAAUGUUUCUUGCGAGGUCGCCGCCAAACAGCAAGGUGUUGAGGUUGCUCAGUUGUGCAGGAAUUCAGGGCAGUGUCUGGAUGCUGGAAACACACAUUACUGCCGAUGCCAGGCUGGCUACACGGGGAGUUACUGCCAGGAGCAGGUGGACGAGUGCUCACCCAACCCUUGUCAGAAUGGAGCGGCCUGCACUGAUUAUCUGGGAGGUUACAGUUGUGAGUGUGUCCCUGGUUACCAUGGAGUAAAUUGCUCCAAAGAGAUCAAUGAAUGUCAGUCACAGCCCUGCCAGAAUGGAGGCACCUGCAUCGACCUUGUAAACACCUACAAAUGCUCCUGUCCCAGAGGAACACAAGGUGUUCACUGUGAGAUUAACUUGGAUGACUGUAACCCCUCCACUGACCCACUUACAAAUGAGCCCAAAUGCUUCAACCACGGCAAAUGUGUGGAUCGCAUCGGGGGCUACCAGUGUCUGUGCCCACCAGGUUAUGUAGGCGAACGCUGUGAAGGUGAUGUCAACGAGUGUUUAUCAGAUCCUUGUGACCCCAGGGGGUCCUACAACUGCAUCCAACUUACCAACAGCUACCGCUGUGAAUGCCGUACUGGAUAUACAGGUCAGCGCUGUGACAAGGUGUUUGACGGCUGUAAAGGAAGACCCUGCAGAAAUGGAGGGACAUGUGCUGUUGCCAGUAACACCCCUCAUGGAUUCAUCUGCAAAUGUCCACCUGGCUUCACUGGCUCUUCUUGCGAGUAUGAUUCUCGCUCCUGUGGAAGUCUGAAUUGCAGAAACGGUGGGACAUGUGUGUCAGGACACGUGGGCCCACGCUGCUUGUGUCCUUCAGCCUUCACGGGUCCCGAGUGUCAAACCCCAACCGACAGCCUCUGCAUCUCCAACCCGUGUUAUAACGGUGGCACUUGCCACGUCAGCCCUGAUGCGCCGUUCUUCCGCUGCAGCUGCCCCAGCAACUUCAACGGCCUACUUUGCCACAUACUGGACUACUCCUUCGUGGGGGGCUUUGGCCGAGACAUUACCCCACCCCCGGAAGUGGAGGUUAGCUGUGAGAUUCCUCAGUGUGACGAGUGGGCGGGAAACCACAUCUGUGACUCGCUGUGUAACAAUCAUGCCUGUGGCUGGGACGGAGGAGAUUGCUCGCUUAAUUUCGAUGAUCCGUGGCAAAACUGCUCCGCUGCACUGCAGUGCUGGCGUUACUUCAAUGACGGCAAGUGUGAUGGCCAAUGUAACAGCCCAGGGUGUCUCUAUGAUGGUUUUGAUUGCCAAGGACAGGAAGGACAGUGCAAUCCUCUGUAUGACCAGUAUUGUAAAGACCAUUAUGCCGACGGCCACUGCGAUCAAGGCUGCAACAACGCAGAAUGCGAAUGGGACGGUCUUGACUGUGCCAACAACAUGCCAGAGAAGCUUGCUGAUGGACAUUUAGUUUUAGUGGUGCAUAUUCCCCCGGAGCAACUCAAAAACCGCUCUUCAACCUUCCUGAGAGAGCUCAGCAGUGUUCUCCACACUAAUGUGGUGUUCCGCCGCGACGCAAAAGGAGAGCCCAUGGUCUUUCCCUACUAUGGCAACGAGCAAGACUUGGUUAAACAUAGCAUGCUGAAACGCUCCGCAGAUGGCUGGCCAGAGUGGGCGUCAAAGCCGGCCAGUGUUUUGGGUCAGGUGAAGGACAGCAUGUCCUCGAUGGUCAGCUCACGAAAACGGAGGGAGCUGGAUCCGUUGCAAGUGAAAGGGUCCAUUGUGUACCUGGAGAUUGAUAACCGCCAGUGUUACCAGCAGUCUACAGAAUGUUUCCAGAGCGCUACAGAUGUGGCUGCUUUUCUCGGAGCCCUGGCCACCAGUGGGAACCUUAACGUUCCCUAUAUUGAAGCUGUCACAAGUGUGAAGCCUACUCCCAGCACUCCAGAGCUUUACCCCAUGUACGUAGUGUUCCUGGGGUUGGCUGCUCUGGGUUUCAUCUGCCUGGGUGUCGUAGUGUCUCGUAAGCGGCGACGAGAACAUGGCCAGCUUUGGUUACCUGAGGGAUUCAAGGCAUCAGAGCCCAGCAAGAAGAAGCGCAGAGAGCCGCUGGGAGAGGACUCUGUCGGACUCAAGCCUAUGAAAAACUCUGACAUCAAUCUUAUGGAUGACAACCAGAAUGAAUGGGGUGAUGAGGAUCCAGACUGCAGGCGCUUCAGGUUUGAGGAGCAGGCCAUGUUGGAUUUGAGCGAUCAUCCUGACCAGAGAAAAUGGACGCAGCAGCACCUGGAUGCAGCUGACCUGCGGAUUGCAUCCAUUGCUCCUACCCCUCCUCAGGGAGAGAUAGAGAAUGACUGCAUGGAUGUUAAUGUCAGAGGACCUGAUGGUUUCACUCCCCUGAUGAUCGCCUCCUGCAGCGGUGGAGGACUGGAGACUGGCAACAGUGAAGAAGAAGAGGAUCCAUCAGCAGAAAUAAUCUCUGACUUCAUCUACCAGGGCGCCAACCUCCAUAACCAGACCGAUCGCACUGGUGAGACCGCCCUCCACCUGGCAGCCCGUUACGCCCGCUCGGAUGCCGCCAAACGUCUCCUGGAGUCCAGCGCUGAUGCCAACGUUCCAGACAACAUGGGACGCACACCACUUCAUGCCGCUGUGGCUGCAGACGCGCAGGGGGUGUUUCAGAUUUUAAUCAGAAAUCGUGCCACUGAUCUUGAUGCCCGCAUGCAGGAUGGAACAACACCACUGAUCUUAGCUGCCCGAUUGGCGGUUGAGGGAAUGGUCGAAGAGCUUAUCAACUGCCACGCCGAUGCUAAUGCCACUGAUGAUUCUGGUAAAUCUGCUCUUCACUGGGCUGCAGCUGUAAACAAUGUGGAGGCUGCUAUUGUGCUUUUGAAAAAUGGUGCCAAUAAGGACAUGCAAGAUAACAAGGAGGAGACGCCAUUGUUUCUCGCAGCCCGUGAAGGAAGCUUUGAGACAGCAAAAGUCCUCCUGGAGCAUUAUGCCAACCGUGAGAUCACUGACCAUCUGGACCAGCUGCCCAGGGAUAUAGCCCGGGAACGUAUGCACCACGACAUUGUCCGUCUUCUGGACGAGUACAACAUCGUCAGGAGUCCUGGGAUCCACAGCGGCCCUCUUAACACCUCCACCCUCUCCCCUCCACUCUGUUCCCCCAAUGACUAUCUGAGCAACCUCAAGCCCACGCAUUCUGCCAAAAAGGUUCGAAAAGUUAGCGCGGGUGGAAAAGGCGGGAAGGAUGGGGGCAAAGAUAGUCGGGUGAAAAAGAAAAAGUCACUUGAUGGGAAGGGUAACUUGCUAGACACAUCAGCUGUUCUCUCCCCGGUUGAUUCCCUCGAGUCCCCCCAUGGCUACUUGUCAGAUGUGGCUUCUCCUCCCAUGGCCUCCCCCUUCCACCAGUCCCCCCCUAUGUCUUUAAAUCAACUACAAGGGAAUGGGGACCCACAUACGGGCCAGAUGAGCAUAGGAAAGGAUAUGGGUUGCAUUUCUUUUGACCCCAACCCACCCCGUCUUUCCCACUUGCCCGUGUCUAGCCCUGGCACUCAGGGCACAACGUCCAUAGGUGGCAGCAGAGGAGGUCCGUGUGAGUGGGUAUCCAGGAUGCAUCGUGGUGUAGGCCAGCAAGGAAGCUUCACCCAAGGGGCACCUAUGACACACACCAUGAUGGGUGGCCUCCAUGGUGUCAGUACUGCCACCUUAUCUCAGAUAAUGGGCUACCAGAACCUGCAGACCAGCCUUCUCGGGUCUUCUCCGCACAUGAUGCAACAAGCUCACCCACGGCAACUCCAACACCAGAACUCCAACUCCACCACGGCUGUCCAAACUCUCAACCAGAGCUUUCCAAAUGUUGAGCUGAAAGGCUCCGACAUGCAGCACAACAGCCGUUCGGUGCCGAUCCACACAGUCAUGCCGCAGGAGACGCAGAUGCUCGGCACUCAGUUUCUCACUCCGCCAUCCCAGCAUAGUUAUUCGGGCCCCAUGGACAACACACCCAACCACCAGCUACAGGUGCCCGAGCACCCGUUUCUAACCCCUUCCCCUGGGUCCCCUGACCAGUGGUCCAGCUCGUCCCCACAUUCCAACAUGUCGGAUUGGUCAGAGGGCAUCUCCAGUCCACCCACUAGUAUCCACUCACAGAUGAAUUUAAUCCCAGACCAGUUUAAGUAGAGACUUGUGAAAUGAACUGAACCCUGAGUAACAGGAGAUAAACCAUAAGUGCAAAGUUCUCAAAGAAAGAAAGAAAGUGACAAACUUGUCUCAAGACUGAAAAUGCUCCAUUUUUGCUAUCAGUUUUUGUACUAAUGAGAGAAGUUUUAGUUAUUUUGUAUUUAUUUAUGUGUUUUGUUUUUUUUGUUGAUCUUAAAGAUAAAGAUGAUGAUUUUAUAUUUAUGUUUUUUUAAUUAUUUGUUUUAUUAUGUAUAAGAACAUUAGAAACUGUUGAAAAGGAAUGUAUAUCAAUAUCAAAAAAGGUCUCCUAGAUGCGUACACUGGUUAUUUAUUUGUCUUGUGUUGAUAUAUUCACUGGAUUUAUUUGGAUCUUUUGGCGCAUCAAUUUUCACAAAAUGUAUUUUUGAGUUAUGCAUUGCUUUAUGUUUGUACAAAUUUCUUUUAUAGAAUAUUUUUAAAUUUCAGUAUUAAUUAUAUUUUAACCUCAUCCCUCUUUUCAAACGUGACAUGUUUUGUUACUGAACUCCAUUUCUGAGUCUUAUCACUGAGUCUGUGUUGGAAAUUGAUUUUAAUAUAUUUAUAUAAAGCGUCAUUUAUUCGAAUGUUGCUUGUUACACUGUCCUGUAAGUGAGGUGGGGAACUUUUGGAGAUUUUUGGACCUUUUAAGCACAGAACAAAUAUCCCUUAUUGGCUGAGAGAUGCUGUUCAGACUGAGUAGAAAAGUGUUCAAUUUCAUUUUGAGUCUAUUUUAUAUUGAAUUAUGGUCUGGGCUGGUGCUGAGUUAUUGAUUUGUGAUACAUUAUGAGACAAAGAUUGCCUCUCUGUUUCAUUUUGCUUUACAAAUCCCUGAUAUGGUUACCGUGUUUAACCUGUGAAGUGUUAAAUUGCAGACCUGAUGUAGAAUAUUGAGAUGUUACAUUUGCCAUUGUUUUAAAGUUCCUGUGUGUUUCUUGUUUUUCUUAAGAAAAGCAGUGUAUUUGUGAGAUUUCUUGUAAAAAUGUCUUCAAGGAGGAAAACAUUGUCCACAGAAGAAAUGGGGACCUUCGUGUGUUUUAACGGCAACCCCUGCACUUUGUAAAAGAGUGUAGUCUAAGGUGUCUAAAUGUCAUGUUUUAUAAACUAAUCCAGAGCUAAAGAUGUUUUUAAGAAAAAAAAUUGAAUCUUCAUGCACAGUUCUAGUUUGCAAAUAAUUUUUUCCUGAUAAAAUUGUUUUGUAAAAUUGUGAUGAUUUAAUAAAA